UUCAGCUUAGAAACGCAAAUCCUAUGUGUACGCGCAAUGAGGUCAAGAACGCACUUUCCUGACGUCCUUGUAGGUUUGUUAUCGGCUAGUAUGUUUUUUUUUUGCGCAAUAUUUGUGAUAUGGGCUGUUUUUUCGCUAAACGUGAUUCAUGUUCGCACGCAGCAGACGACGGCGUGAUCGAUACACAGAGCAUUUAGCUCAUGUAAAUGUGGGCCCAAAGAUCAGUUUGCAGGAUUGUGGUAACGUUUGGUGAAGACUUGUGUAUAAAUGAUGGGGGUGGACAUGGACCCGUUGUUUCUUGCCUGGAGCUACUUCAGACGGAGGAAAUUUCAGCUGUGCUCCGAUCUCUGUGCCCAGCUUUUGGAAAAAAAUCCACACGAUCAGGCUGUCUGGAGUUUGAAGACUCAUACUCUCACAGAGAUGGUGUAUGUGGAUGAAGUGGAUAUAGACCAGGAGAGUUUAGCAGAUAUUCUCGAUGAUAACGCCGUUGCUCAACUUGCAAGACCUGGAACCUCAUUGAAACUCCCUGGAUCAAGUCAAAGUGGGGGACCCAGUCCAGCUUUCAGGCCUGUAACACAAGGAGGUAGACCAGUUACAGGGUUUGUCCGGCUGAGCUCUCAGUCUGGGAGGCCAGGCACCAUGGAACAAGCCAUCAUGACUCCACGAACUGCUAAUACUGCACGCCCAGUUACAAGUGCUUCUGGCAGAUAUGUUCGAUUGGGAACUGUAAGCGUUUUGUUUGCCUUGCAAGUAUUUUUUUAGAAGUAACAUUGCAGC